GGAGAAGAUAUGGGGGCUCCUCCACCUAAGACAGAGGGACCCUGGGUCCAACUCCAGAAACUUCUGGCCUCCUGGCUGGUCAGAGAGCCGGACUGGGAUCAGCAUGUGGACGAGGCCCACAUGCUGCAACAGAAGAGGAUCCAAGAGUUUCCUCUGCUCCAGGCAGCCAAGGAAAAUGACCUGUGUGUCCUGAAGAAGCUUCUGCUGGACCGAAACUGUGACUUCCGGCAGAGAGGAGCCCUGGGGGAGACAGCCCUUCAUAUAGCGGCACUCUAUGACAAUCUCGAAGCCGCCAUGGUGCUGGUAGAGGCUGCCCCGGAGCUGGUCAAGGAGCCCACCUUGUGUGAGCCAUUUGUAGGUCAGACUGCACUGCACAUAGCCAUCGUGAACCAGAAUGUGAACUUGGUGCGAACCCUGCUUGCCCAUGGGGCCAGCGUCUCUGCAAGAGCGACAGGCACAGCUUUCCGCCGCAGCCCCCGCAACCUCAUCUACUUUGGGGAGCACCCUUUGUCUUUUGCUGCCUGCGUGGGCAGUGAGGAGAUCGUGCGGCUGCUCAUUGAGCAUGGAGCUGACAUCCGGGCCCAGGACUCCCUGGGAAACACCGUGUUGCACAUCCUCAUCCUCCAGCCCAACAAGACCUUUGCCUGCCAAAUGUACAACCUGCUGCUGUCCUACGAUGGGCGCAGGGACCACCUGCAGUCCCUGGACCUCGUGCCCAAUCACCAGGGCCUCACCCCCUUCAAGCUGGCCGGCGUGGAGGGCAACACUGUUAUGUUCCAGCACCUGAUGCAGAAGCGGAAGCACAUCCAGUGGACGUAUGGGCCGCUGACCUCCACUCUCUAUGACCUCACGGAGAUCGACUCCUGGGGGGAGGAUGUGUCCUUUCUCGAGCUCGUGGUUUCCUCCAAGAAGCGAGAGGCUCGCCAGAUCCUGGAGCAGACCCCGGUGAAGCAGCUGGUGAGCUUCAAGUGGAAGAAAUACGGGCGGCGGUACUUCUACACUCUGGGUGCCUUGUACACCCUGUAUAUGAUCUGCUUCACCACCUGCUGCAUCUACCGCCCCCUCAAGUUCCGCAUGGGCAACCGCACAGACCCCCGGGAUAAUACCGUCCUCCAACAGAAACUACUGCAGGAGGCCUAUGUGACUCAGCAGGAUAAAAUCCGUCUGGUGGGGGAGUUGGUGACCAUCAUGGGGGCUGUGAUCAUCUUGCUCCUAGAGAUCCCAGACAUCUUUAGGGUUGGUGCUUCUCGAUAUUUUGGACAGACUAUCCUCGGGGGACCAUUCCAUGUCAUCAUCAUUAUCUAUGCCUGCAUGGUGCUGGUGACCAUGGUGAUGCGGCUUUUCAACAUGAAUGGAGAGAUGGUGCCCAUGUCCAUUGCCCUGGUGCUGGGCUGGUGCAGUGUUAUGUACUUCGCUCGAGGAUUCCAGAUGCUUGGUCCCUUCAGCAUCAUGAUCCAGAAGAUGAUUUUUGGAGACCUCAUGCGUUUCUGCUGGCUAAUGGCUGUGGUUAUUCUGGGAUUUGCCUCAGCGUUCUAUGUCAUUUUCCAGACAGAGGACCCAGCCAAUCUGGGGCAAUUCUAUGACUAUCCCAUGGCACUGUUCAGCACCUUUGAGCUUUUCCUCACCGUCAUUGAUGGGCCUGCCAACUACGAAGUGAACUUGCCCUUCAUGUUUGGCAUUGUCUACUUUGCCUUCACCAUCAUCGCCACACUGCUUAUGCUCAACCUAUUCAUCGCCAUGAUGGGUGACACACACUGGCGGGUGGCCCAUGAGCGGGACGAGCUCUGGAGGGCCCAGGUGGUGGCUACCACGGUGAUGCUGGAGAGGAAGCUGCCUCGGUUCCUGUGGCCUCGCUCUGGGAUUUGCGGGUACCAGUAUGGGCUGGGAGACCGCUGGUUCCUGCGAGUUGAGAACCACCACGAUCAAAAUCCUUUGCGAGUACUUCGCUACGUGGAAGCUUUCAAGGGCUCAGACAAGGAGGAUGGACAAGAGCAGCUUACUGAGAAACAGCCCUCUGUUUCGGCGACUGAAAGUGGGACCCUAGCCAGAGCCUCUCUGGCACCACCCACCCCCUCCCUGUCCCGGACCACAUCUCACAGCAGCAGCCACCGGGGCUGGGAGAUCCUUCGUCGCAACACCCUGGGACAUGUGAAUCUUGGGCUGGACCUUGGUGAGGGGGAUGGAGAGGACAAUAUCUAUCAUUUAUGAUGAGGAUCCUUAUUACUGUUGGCCUGACAAACGGGUGGGCCUAGUUGGGGACAGUGCCUAAUUUUCAUGCCUGUUAAUCAUGGGGAGGAGGUGAACAGAAUAAUUCUUAAAAGUCCAUAUCUCACCCUUCACAUCAGCAUUUCUGGAGAUAGGCAAUGGGCAUCUGUUGCCUCACAUACCUCCUGGGUUCUUAGAAGUUCCAUAUCUUGAGAAAAAAGGUAUCUCUUCAAGCAAAGUUGGAUUUGGCUGUCAAAGAUAUGAGGUAGGGAUGCUAGACUAACAUGUGGAUCAUCUUUCUUUCUGCCUCAUGCAGGGCCUAGAAUGUAGUAAGCUGUGAAGCCUGCCUGAUUCCACAAGCUUACCAUAGGAAGAGCCAGGCUUGGCACUGAGGUUGUGGCCCCUCCCUUUUUCUUAUAUCCCUUUAGGACUUUCUCUUUACCUAGCAACCAAACCCCAUCUAGAAAAUUGCAAGGCGAAAUGUCCUUUUUCUUGUCUUAUUUUUAAUAAUGUUAUUGUGGGAAGAUACACAUAACAUAAAAUUUACUAUUUUAACCACUUUCAGGGAUACAAUUCAGUGGCACUAAGUCCACUUACACUGUUGUAUCACCAUUGCAGGAUGAUUUCAUCAUCCCAAACUGGAAUUCUUAUAUUCCUUAAACAUGAACUCCCCACCAUCCCCUCUGCACAGCCCCUGAUAAUCAAUAUUCUACUUUGUGUCUAUGAAUUUGCCUACUCUAGGUACCUCAUGGAAGUAGAAUCACACAUUAUUAGUCCUACUGUGCCUGGUUUAUUUCACUUAGCAUAAUAUUUU